AUGAUCAUUGAAUUGUCUGUAUUGAAGAUUGCUCGUGAUGACAUACCAGGUGGGGUUAAGAAAUUCUGCACUAUUCUACACAUAUAUCGCGUCUUUCUCUUCGAAACUUUUACUCGGACUACCAAAUGGGAGGCACCUACUACUACUACUACUAAGGCGCGUGGCUUUGUACGCCUUUGGCCCAUUGCAGUCAUCCUGCUUGCCCUCACGGCGUAUCGCAUCCAUUUCACAAAAAACCAGGGAGUAGGCUAUCAGCCCAUUAUCGUGGAACUUCUGGUUUCUUCCAUCUUCACUGUGCUCUGGGUACCGCUUGCCAUGUUCAUGAUAGUGCUGAGCGUGCUUCGAGCUCUCGAGACAAUGCUAGUACAGCUCGAAGGCAUCCCAAGCACCUUCCUUUUGAGCUGUUGGGACUGGCCAUCCUGUGGCUGUUUUGGCUUGUCGGCGCCGUGUAUACAGCCAAUCUGGUGCGCCUUUGACGGGAAGCAGUGCAAUAUCAUGACGGCGAUUCUCGCUUUCGCUUGGAUAGGUUGGUCCUUGCUAACGCUCUUGGGUAUCCUGGCCCUGAUGCAUUCUGGAUUCGCGUCGGAGGAGAAUACUGGUACCAGAGUGGAAAAGGGCAGAGGGGUGGCUUCCGAGACCACAAAUACGGGGACCGGGCAGCCAGUCCCUACAGCCAGCAAAUGUCUAGUAACCGACGGCCGUUAA